AAAAUGCUGUGCGAUACAACGCAAAGCGGGACAGGUGGUCACCCUAACUGUAUGUAAUUUUGUCUACAGGGGAAGCUACGUUGAUGGUGUGCAGUCGUAGCCUUGACUGACAAAACAGUUGACAAGAAGUCUAAAUCUGUGACUAUGGAUGAGGUAAAGAAUGCACCUCCACCUCCUCCUCCACCACUUCCACCUCCCCAACUGUCACUCAAACAUGGCUCCAAUACCUCCACCCCACCAUGCCCAGGCCAGGCAGCCAUCCCAUUUGCUCCACAUGAGAGUAAAUACCCAGUCCAGGAAACCAACCCUACAGCAGGGGCACUUCCCGGCACACGGGACGAGCUCACUCCAGACGACGAGCAAGCCAUUCGCAACUUAAUGGCAUUCCUAGGACGUCCUAGGGACGUGGUACAUCAGGUAUACAUGGACUGCAACAAAAACACAGAAGCUGCUGCUAACUUUCUGCUGGACCCAUGAGGGAGCAUUUCCAGCCCAAUUGCCUGUGAUCGACACUGUCCGCCCUCUAUCAUUUAAGUUGUGAUUUGAGCAUUUUCGCAAUUGGAAAGAGCUUUAAAAAAAGGGUGAAAGCAGGAUUAGUUAGUUGCUACAAGUAAAUAGGCUGAAUAUACAAGCAGUGGUUGUAUGUAGUCGUUUGCUAACCUUGUUCCCUGAUUCCUCCAGCCCUUUAACCACUACACCCCCCAGAGCUAAGCCCCCUACCCUGCCUUAGUAAUAAAAAUGAAUGCACGUUUGCACUUAAAGAAAAGGUUGUUUCGAUCAAUGGUCACUUGAGGAAUAGCUCCCACUGCAUGUAUGUUGAAGUAUUGUUACUUGGUCAGAUAGGGCCGUAGUGAUUAGCACCAAAGCGCGUCUUUUAUGUUAUCCAUUUUCAAUAAACCUGGCAGUUUGAA